AUGAUUUUAGUGUUUAAUGUUGUGUCUUAUAUCAGUGUAACAAUGGUACUAAUAUGCUCAGGAAGCUGUGUGAUACUCUCGACUGCCAUUAAAAUACACUACCUGGGUUUUGGAGCAAUAAAAUAUGCCCCACUAUGCGUGGAAGCGGCGUCGGUGGUGGGCGCGGGCGUGGGCGAGCGCACCAACGUCACCUGCCGCGUCGACGCCGACCCGCCGCUCGUCACCUUCAGCUGGACCUUCCGCAGCGACGCCAACCGCGUGCGGCCGCGCCAGAUCAACCCCAGCGAGUUCAGCACCGACGGCCUGAGCAGCACCCUCUUCUACCAGCCCUUGAGCCAGCGGGACUUCGGCGAGCUCUCCUGCCACGCCGAGAACACCCUGGGCUCCAUGAGGGAACCCUGCUCCUUCUCCCUCGUCACUGCAGGUCCCCCGGAGAAAGUCAUCAACUGCUCAGUGGCGAACGUGACAGUCCAGAGCGCGACCCUCACGUGCCUUCCUGGCUUCAACGGCGGCCUCCCUCAGCGCUUCAGGCAUGAGGUGUGGCUGGAGUCGACGGGCGAGGUAGCGUUCAACGCCACGCUGCCAGACGCCUCCUUCAGCACGUCCGGCCUCAGACCCGACCACCGCUACUUGGUGUCCGUCACGGCCGUCAACGCCCGCGGCGCUGCACGCCCACACCGGCUCCAGUUCCACACUCUUAAGCAAGUCACAGAGCACUUAAGUUUGCCGUCGCGGCCUGAGCCUCAGCCCCUUGUGUGGGUUCUCGGCUGGCCUGAUGAUGGGCCUAUGGUGGACCAAAGGGCGCCGCUCGUCCCACACGCUCAGAAAUACUGAAGACGACGUCACGAAACUGAAAAACCAGGAUCUCGCGGGUGACCUGCGAGGCCAGACUGACGGCCUCUGCAUGAACGGGGUGGUUCAGCACACGAUAUACGACGCCUCGGGACGAUACAAAGGCUUCGGUCAUCUGCAGCAAUGCGGCGCCUACCCGAGCUGCCACAUCGAUGCGACCUGCUCCGGUGGGGGCGUCCCCGCGUCGCGCUUUUCCUUCAACAAAAAGGGCGGCAGAGGGACGGCAGCAGGGAAGGAGGGAGCCGCCGAGGGAAAAGGAGGAAGAGGAAGUGACGCUGCAAGUCAUGUGGGGAAGAAAAACGGCACUGGCGAAGGCGGAGGCGCCGGCGAGGGAGGUGAAGGUGCGAAGAAGCCCGACGGCCGCUGGAGGAGAGUCAUCACCCAGCUGAGCAGCCCGCACGAAAGCAGGUUUUUUGACAUCUGCAGGCUGGCCGGCGGCAAACAUCUGCAGCAGAAUCAGCUUUCCGAAAGUGUUUUGUAAGGCAACUACGCGGCUCGGACUAGGGGGGCAUCCAAACAGUCAUAGAAGUGAGACUGAAGCUACUCAGUCGACAGUAGAACUCGUGUGGUAUAUUUGAAAUCAAAAUCGUCUUGUCCUAUACUUACUUUCUUGUUUCUUUUUCCGACUUACUUUUCUACAAUUUUAUUGUGAUGACCAGAAAAUGCGAUAUGAUGUGGUCACUUCAUUUGUGGAACUGACCCUCAUGAAAGACAAGAACGAAGCGCGUUCUGAAUGUAUAAUACAAAAGAUAUUGUCAUUUCCAUGCGGGGCUUCAGAUGGUCACUCUUGAGCACCCAGACCAAAAACUAGUUGCUGAAAUUUCCGGUUUUCCUCUUCCGCAGCAGAGUUCCUAUACAUUGUCUAGAUGUAUUUGUCUCACAAGGUCCUUAACAACUAAAUACGUCACUGUCAUUGUUUGUUCGAGUGUCGUUAUUUGUCUCAUUUCCCGUGACUUGACUCGGAUCUUCAAACUAAUUUCUUUGAUCUUCGCCAUUUCUGUAAGGUUUUCGUCGCAUUUUCUCCCACGGAGAAAACAUAUCACGAAAUAUUCUUAUCUUAAGCUUCGUCAAAGACUAUAUGGAUAAUUUUUCAAUCAAUUGAAUGUGAUAUUGUGCAAACGUGUUAUUAGAUCAGUUUUUGGAAGUGCAUAUGCUUGUGGAUGUAGACUAUUUUUCGAUGAUGAA